UUUUGUAUAAUUAAUUAACUUAUUUAAUCACCUUCAGAGAAUUUUAGGGAUAAAUCAGCAUGAAACAACAAUCUGCAGAAGAUAUGACCAAGAGGUAUUUUGACCUCAAGAAAACCUUUGGAGAUAUCCACCAAAGAGUCGUCCAUCCGGAUAUUGGAGGAGAAGUAGCAGAAGAAGACACCAAGGAGGAUUUACUAGAAGAAUUUACCGAUUACUUAUCCAUACUCCCAAAGGAGCUACAUAGCAAGCCAGAGGAGAGGAAAGGAGAGUUUUCUGAUACAUUUGCGCCAUAUAUUGGCAUUGUUCCUUUAAUUUCUGUCAAAAAGCCUAAGGAGAAAAUUGUCCAAAAAGACAUAUAUGCUCAAUAUAGAAAGAACUACCUCGCUGAUUUGACUAAAUUGAUCGAGUGAUAUUUUCCGCCAUUGAAAGUAAUGUUUUUAGACCCACUCCAAGUAACUAAAUACGAGACAUCGAACUAUAAGAAGGUAGACCCAGAGUUCUCAACAAUCAUCAAUAUGGAGAACUCGAAGGAGUACAAAAUAAUGAAGAUUUUGGGCAGAAUGAAUGUGUUCCACAUGGCAAAGGCCAUUCGGCCUUUGUUUAGCCAAAAAUUCUGCACAAUAAUUGCCUUAACAAUCGAACCGAUCUAUGACCAAAAGCCGAAGGAAGGAAGCUUCAUACUGGGGAGAGCUUGUGGGCGUGUGUGUAUUGCCACAAUGGACAACACCACAAGAGCAGAGUCCUUCCAGACAAUUGUGCAUGAAGCCAUGCAUACAUUUGGCCUCGGCCAUUGUGAAAAAUGGAACUGCAUAAUGAACUGGCUAUCUCUCGAUCAACACAGAUGUUUCCUCUGACUUCCUGAUUUGAUAAAGAUGCAACACUUGUUUGGCUUUGAUAUUAAAGAGAGAUAUCUCAAGUUAGCUAAACUAUACAAGAGAACUUUAGGCUGGCAGGAUGACUACGACUGGGUAAAACAAGCCAUUGACAAGAUUAACGAAAAGGAGGACUAAACUUUCAAUCUUAUAAAUAUCAAAG